UCAAAAUGUCGAUAAUCAAAUGUCAUAAGAAUAUAACCUAUAAAACAACACAAACACUGAUAGUGAUAAAAAAGCAUUUAAAUCUUUUAAAUAUUUCGAUAUUCAUCUACUAAUAAAGUUAUCUCGUAGCAAAUUUUAAUUCAUGAAACUUAAGUCAUGAAAAAAGAAAAUUUGGCAGAUAAAAUCGCUUCGAUUUUAAAUACAACACCUUCAAAUUUCGAUCCAGAAGAUGAUAAUAACCCAGAUAAUACAAAGGCAAUAGUGAAUUACGAAAAUGUAGAAGAAAAUGACGAACAUGUACCUUUUCAGAGUCAAAUUAGAAAACAAAAUAUUGAUCUCUUGGCUGAUAUCGAUGAACGGUACGUUGGCAAGAAAGGCAGUAGAAAAAACUUAAAUUCACAGGAAGAAACUACUAGUGAUGAAAGUUCUAUUGAAAAUGAUCAAGAAAAUGCUACUGAUAAUGAAAAUCAAGAAGAAUCUAGUGAAGAAGAAAGCUUUAGUACUGAAGAUGAUUCUAAAGAAUCAGAUUCCUAUUUAGAAGAUACAGAUGAAGAGAAGGAACAAAUCAAUUUUAAAACUUUAAAUGAUGAUGUUUCGCAACAAGUUAAAAAAGGUAGAAGUGUAAAAAACCAAAUGACCAUUUGGGAAAGUCUUCUAGAAAUCAGAAUUCAAAUGCAAAAAUGUUUAACAGCUGCAAAUAAAAUGCCCCAACUCGAAAACUACAAGGAAAUUAAAAAUGAAUCAGGACAAGAAUUUUCUAACAGUGUUCAGCAGACGAAAAACUCCAUUACGUCAGUGUUGGAUAAGUUUUUAUUUCUACAAAACCUUCUAUGGAAACAGUGCCCCGAAGUGAAGAAACUUGGUGAAAAAAUAGAUGAUGACAAUGAAGAAAUUCCUAGUGAUACAGAUGAAGAAUUAAUAGUUGAAGAGGAAACUGAAGAAGGUCCUCUUAAAAAGAAAAUGAAAUUAAUUGAUUACGAAAAAGAUAUACAAGAAAAACAUGAUUCGUUUAAAGAAUAUAGAAACAGUGUGAUCCAAAAGUGGCAUGAUAAAACUAGGUUACCCUCAAUGAAGAAUAACACCUCCCAUUCAAUUAUCAACCACAUAGAACACACGUUAACAGACAAAUCAAAAUUAAUCAAAAGAACUCAAUUGAAGAAAACCGAUUAUACAAUUAUCGGUGAAAAAUCAUUGGAAAGCAACGAACAAGAAUACAAUUCAGAAAUAUUCGACGACAACGAUUUUUAUCAUCAACUUUUAAGAGAACUCAUCGAAGUCAAAUCUGCCGAUCUGACCGAUCCGGUACAGUUAGGUAGACAGUGGAUUCAACUGCAGAAUUUGAGGAGUAAAAUGAAGAGAAAAAUCGAUACGAGGGCGACGAAAGGUAGAAAAAUAAGAUACGCCGUACAUACUAAGUUGGUUAACUUUAUGGCGCCCAUUGAUAACAAUUUGUUGACGGAUGAAGCGAAAACGGAGUUAUUCGGUUCUUUAUUUGGGAAAAAACAAACUUUAGUUUCUUAGAAAUACUUAAAAAAUAUUUAAAUAACACUUAUAGGUAGUUUUAAUUUCAAAUGAGAG